AUGGCUCGAGACGAAAGUGGUGACUUCGCUCUUGUCAACUUUACAUACGGGCUCGACAAGGACGAUCUUGAGCGCUGGCAUAGGAGUAGCCAGUACCAACGUUGGCAGUUUUCUGAACAAGAACUCAUCGAAAAGAGGAGAGCGCUCAACGAAGAGUCAACAAAGAUGUUCCCGUCUGACUGUCAGCCACUCACAGUCGCCGAUGAAGAUUGCCUAUUGAAAUACUGGCUCAAGAAAAUAUGCGACAUUUGCACAGAUUUGGACCUUUGCGAGGACAUUAGCGCAUCAGCUUGCUCCUUCUUCAAACGGUUCUACCUUGCAAAUCCUCUUGUCAAACACGAUCAUGCGGCAGUAAUCGAUACCUGCAUCUUCCUCGCCGCCAAAACGGAACACAGACAGAUACCCAUAGAUACAUUCGUCAAUUUGAUACCAAACUGCUCUACAGCAGAGACGCUCCGCAAGCACGAGAUGGUUAUUGGCAGUAGCAUCGACUUCCAGUUCUCUAUAUGGCAUCCGCACACUCAACUGAAAACAAUUUGGGAAGAUCUCUCAAUAUUGCGAGCUUUGUCACCAGUUCGACCACCACUUGCCAGCCAUGUACUAGAAACGGCCCAACAGUUUCUUCGCGUUUCUCGCAUGACGGAUUUUGAAUUUAUUUUUCAUCCCGUAGUCAUCGCGCUGGCAUCAUUAUGGCUUUCUGGGACUAUGGGAAAGGAGCUAGUCAACGAGUGGGUAGACAUGAAGAAACUCGGCUGUCACGAGUUGGACGAAGUGAAGCGAGCAGCUUAUAGGAUCAAUGGUGCGAGCGGUACGGUAUUUCAGGACAAUCUUGAACAUUUGUUGGAUCUAUUCAAGUCAUGUCAGCGAUAUAGGCGUUCCAAGGAGAAAGAGACCCGGAAACGGCGCCACAUAAAGUCUCAUGAGAGCGCACUCAUCAAAGCACCUCGAAAGAAAACUACUUUUCCUGAAGGAGCCGCUCGUUCAGAGAUCGACACCCGAAUGGCAACGGCAGACAUUCCCAAGGGCGAUUCGGAAGGUCAGCUGUUUUCUGAGGAAGGCUCUUUGAUUGGCAGUUAUCGAGAGAAGAGGCCGUCCCGGAGUCCUUCUCCAUCCAACUCAUAUCAAUCCGAGAAGAUUAGCUGA